AUGACUAAAAUUAAAUUUAAACUUAAAAAUAGUAAGGAUUUUGGUGAAUUUAUGGCAAAAAUUGUUGGCAAUUUUGAUGAUAAGAAAUUUGCCCCUAACCACUUUUUAGACGAAUUUGGUUCACAUCAGGCAACCUUGGAUGAAUAUUAUGAUUUUGUCAAAAAUAACACGACAGUUAAAGUAGAUGGAAAAAAUAAAGAUUAUUCCCAAAAGGACGAGCAAGAAUGCCAGGAGGACAGAAAGUUUUUGAAAGGUGUUUUGGCCGCUGGUAUUUAUAGCGAUAUUAAAAAACAAAUAAGUGAUUUUUUAGCCACCGGAGCCGGCAAAAAUUGGUCAGAAACGGCCAAAAAAGUUUUUUUGGAAAACUUGAACGAGAUAACUUCGGAAAUUUUCGCAGCCUUAAAAACUUUGGUGCCAUUAUUAGAGACCGCUCACGGAAACAGUGCUGAUAACUUAGCCGACUUGGAAAAAUAUUCCUCGGCGGAGGCAAGUAAUGACGGAGAAAAAGAUUGGGCGAAAGCUUGA